CCUUGUCGGGGAGUUUGGACCCCUCGUAGGGGAAUUCCUCGCGCCGCCCCUGCUUGAUUACAGAUACGUUUACGAUAUGCCGUGCUUUCGCCGACUUGCUGAUUUCGUCAGAAAUAAUUGGGCGAUUGUUGUUGUGUUUGCAUCAUUUCUGCACUAUAUGCUGUUUACGGGUCUGCUUUAUAGCUACAAUUUACUUCAUAUUCAGUUCAAGGAUUCAUUUAAUUGUACAUCGACACAGGCAGCUGUUCCUGGUGCGGUUUCGAUUGCAUUUUUAAGAUGCAGCGCCGUCGUCGUCACCGUCCUCUUUCAAACGCUAGGUCAUCGAAGAACCGUAGCCUUUGGUGUAUCACUGUGUUGCUUAGGCCUUUUGAUAACAUCCUUCAUGCAAGACAUUGUAGCUGUGAACUUCACAUACGGCGUCCUCUAUGGAAUCGGCUGCAGUACUACCAAUCUGACAAUCGUUGACAUGGUUCUAAGGAACGUCGACAAGCGUAACGCAACAAGGGCAACUAGCUUGAUGUUUUGUGGUGUUAGUGUUGGUUUUCUCAUUACUCCAUGUCUCGACUGGUUAUAUAUAACAUACUCAUGGCGUGUUGCGUUGAGAAUACUUUGUGUUUUAUUCGCCUUCGUUGGGUAUGCUUCCUCUAUUGUUAUGAUCGAGAUGAAACCAGUCAACGAGAGCAAAGACACAAAAAUAACUGGAGUUAACGCAAGUGAAACGCAAACAAAGUUAUACGCGUUAAAGGAAAAGGAAAAAGAAUCACACAAUGAUGAAAAAUCACUACAGACAACGCCAUGUAUAGCAAUCAACCAGAAAAAUGAAAAAUCAAAGAGUGAUGGAAGACCGACGCAACAUAAUCCAAAUAAACUUAUAGCAAAGUAUGUUGCUGUUUUCAGAAGAAUUGAUUACGACAUCGCUUUGAUGGGUUUCUUGUUAGCAUCAACAGCAGUUUCGUUCACUUUAAUCAGUGUAGGCAGUUACUUGUCUUACAAAGGAAUGAAUAUGCCGUCUAUAUCCAUCACCAUGGUGUGGAUGGGCGCAAGUGACCUGACAGGAAGAAUUAUCGCCGCAAUAUUUUCCGACCGAAUUCCAAUAUCAAGGACAUUACAAUUCAGUAUAAAUACUAUCAUUGCCGCGGUAGCCUCAAUAUGCCUACCCUUCAUUACAUCAUACAACGGACUAAAGGCAGCGCUAAUUGUGAUAAGCAUUCCUCGGUCAUUUAUACUCAUUUUGUUACCAACAAUAGCAAUGGAACUAUCUUCAAAUGAAACGAGAGCUGAAGCAGUUGCCUUUGUUUAUUUGAUAUUUGGAGUCGGGGCGCUUUUAACACCUUAUGUUACAGGAAGAAUAAGAGUGUAUAGUAAGGUCAACAUUUUUUUACAAGGCUUGAGGGCGUUAAGUCGUCGAACUAUAUGCAUACCAGUUUAUUGUUUACAGAAAGAGAAAGUAGCCCCAUAUGAGAAGUUUGGAUAUGAAAUAUUGUUGUGGUAA